AUGGAAGACGACGACGACCUUCAUGCGGGAUUCCAGAAUGCCUCCAGCCCGCCCGUGACUCCUCCCAACAAGGCCCGCCGUUCAAAAGGCAAAGGGAAGCAGCCGCUGCGUCCGCGCCUCAAUCGCGACUGGACCGACGAAAUCGACGCCCAGCAGCCCGACGAGUCUGCCAGCGCGGGCAUCGCAGCAGCAGCGAGGCAUUCGCACGGCUUGUCCUGGAACUCCACCACGCGCGAUUCCGUGGUCGACAACCUGCUCUUCUCCCUAGACAAUCUCUCGCGCCAGGACGUCUCAGAAGAGAUGGAGGGAUCGAGAGACGACGACGAGAAGCAGCGAUACCUCUCCUCCCUCGCAUCGCAGUUCGAGCCCUCCAACCCCCCACGAGGCCACGCCCAUUCUUCGUCUACCUCCGACUACGACCGCCAGAUUCCUGAUUCGCCUCAGAGCAAAACGUCCGAAUCGACAAAGGGGCGUCGCAGCAACAGCAGCUCCAACUUCACCAUCCAAAACAACCUGGCAGGGAGGAUGGCGAGAGCCAAUGCCAUGGGUCGCAGUAGCAGCUCGGACAACAGACCUAAAUAUGUGACGGGACAUUCUUUUGUUGCUCGCAAGCAGAGCAGCGAGGCGGGCAGUGUGGAUUAUGGCUAUGGCACAGUUCUCGAGUCGAACAGAUUGGGCUUGGGUGCUGGACGCUCAGUCAGCAUGGAUCAAAUCCAGACUGACAGCGCAGACGGCCCUUCCGUUCUUGAUCGCGGGCGUCCAGUCCCAUCUGUACACAGCAAGUACGAGGCGAAUGGAGAUGCCGAUGCAGCUCCGGAACCAAUCAUUGCGGCGGGUCCACGCAAGAUGCAGAAUCCGACAGCAACAGGCCCAGUAUUCGUCAAUGCGCAGUCAAAGACGAAACCGGCAGCGUUACGCAAGACUACCACCCAGCAAGAUCUCCGCUCUGCGGCUCAUGCCCCGAGCCCACCUAUCCCCCAGGACAUCAGGGACCAAGCGGCAGACUUUGUCAGAACCAGCAGUAUGCGCGGCAAUUUGCCUCCGCCUUCCGCGCAAACCAUGGGUUCUGCGCCAAGCCCUGGAAUCGCUCCCAGGAGACGCGACCCUUCUCCACCUCGAGAGCGGCCUGGCUUCUUCAAGCGUGUGUUUGGCAGUUCUUCUCGCACUGUCUCCAGCCCAGUGGAGCGGCCCAGCUCGAAUCAGGUUCGACAGGACGGCAACGAACGACCCAGCGCACAAAGCCGUUCCAUAUCUCAAACGUCUGCCGGUGCCCAACCAAAGACUGAAUCAAAGUCAACAGCAAACAUGGUCACCACGCCACAGCCACCCACUUUAAGUAAAAAGCCUUCAUCUUUCUUCCGCCGGCGCAAGAAGUCCACUUCAGAGGCCAUCCAGCCGCCACCGUUGCCGGUCAAUACAAACUUGGCUGUCAAGACUGCUGAGCCCAGUCCUUCUAUUAGUAGUCUGCGCAAAGUAAUGGACCCGUUCUUGACCACAGACACAAAUGCACCACCAUUACCAAAGCAAGAACCAUCGCGACCACCCACCGUCAGUUCCAAAACUGAGGACUCUGAGGAUCCCGAUAUCUUCCACAGCGGAUACACGCCACCGCCAGAUGCUUCGCUUGGCGCUCGCCACCCUGUCUCGAGAGAGCACUCGAGAAGACCAACGCCAGAGCCAGAGGAGAGUCCAAACCAGAAGACGAAGAUCAAGAAGCGUCGGCCUGAGACCCUGGUAACAUCCAACGCCCAGGGUCUUGGCGAUGAAACUUACUUGCAGGAACCCGGCAGGCAGACGUCAACUGUUUCUAUUCACGACGACUCUAAUGAUCAGCCCAAGCUUUCACCACUCUCUGAGGUAGCCUCCAACAUCUCUCGACCGAAGACUCCGAGUAGCAGGCCUAGCACUGGCGAGCGUAUCAUCUCGCAUGAGAACAGUCCCAUUGAGUCUCCUCCCGGCGAUGACAUGCGCGACUUUAGCGCUGGAACUGGCCUUACUUUCGACAUGAAUGAUGAUGGAUGGAUUGUGACGAAGCACGCACCAGUCGAAAGACCACAGUCAAAGAGAUCGACACACCUCAGGCUUCAACCGACUGCAUCCGAAGAGCAGUUGAACACGUUUACAACUACUUCGCCAGAUGAGAAAGCCGCUACUCCUCCUGCUACCAAAGUCUCGUCUGAUGAGAAUGAUGAGCCGAUACGGUCACAGUCCGAAGUGGGACUGUCCCUGCCAACACUGCAGAUCGAGAGGAGCGUUUCUCGAAACUCCAGCGAGCCCACUAUCAUUCAAGUGCCACCUGAGAUCAUUGACGAGGGUGCAGAGUAUCGUGAGCGGGCGAGGAGAAUCUUUGAAGGUGACGAGGAAGAUGUUCUCAAGGCUGAUGCUGCUGCCUGGUUGGGUGAGCGCAACACUCUUAGUACGAGGACUCUGCAAGCGUACAUGCAGCUGUUCGACUUUUCUGGACUGAACAUCCUUGGGGCGCUUCGAGUGUUGUGCACGAAGUUGGUGCUGCGAGGUGAGACCCAGCAGUUUGAUCGAAUCAUUACAGCGAUCUCAUCUCGAUGGUGCGAAUGCAACCCAAGCCAUGGAUUCAAGGCUCAGGACGUGGUGCAUACCAUCAUUUACUCAUUGAUUCUCCUCAACACAGAUCUGCAUCUUGCAGACAUCGGCGAGAAGAUGUCGCGCAGCGCCUACGUCAAGAACACUUUACCAACGAUCAGGCGUGUUGUCGCUGACGCCGCGCCAAACGCCUUUGACGAUACGCUCCGUCCUGGUACCCUGUCAUCUCGUCCGACACUUCCAUGGAGCGACUCCAGUCCAUCUUUACAGACGACGUCUCUUCCUCCACCAUCACCCGCGAACGUACCUGCAUCAGUCCCCAGCUCACCUAGGCCAGAUGUGGACAGUCCCAGCAAUGGGUACACUGCCGAGCAGUUGCAUUCGGCCGGUGCUGGAAUCAAGCGCAUGUCCAUUAGACCCGGCAUGAUGAGGAACGAUUCUGACAGCGCCACUCCCGAUUCCGCUCAAGCUGGUACUUCGAAUGCUCUGGUAGAAAGGACGUGGACAGGCUCUAUGCGAGGAUGGGAGGUCGAGGUUGAGGCCAUUCUCAAAUCGUUCUACACCUCGAUUAGGGCGGACCCACUCCCACUUCACGGUGCUAUGGCGGGUGAUCUACCUUCUGGCAACCGCAAUCUGUCUGUCGUGGACUUGAACGGCAACCUCAAGAGGACUGGAUCUGUUGUCAGCAGGACGCCUUCGGACAACAUGUCCUUCCGCUCGAAGCAAGACUUCAGGUCGAUGACCAUGAGGUGGCAAGGCCGAUCGAACCGCUCGAGACCGAAGCUCUACCCAGCUAGUACUGCAGGCUCGUCACGAACAAGCUUUGAUGAAGGAAGUGGAUUCUGGUCACCAGCACAAAGCAGCAAAUAUUCCUUCAGCAAGACCCUCACAUCAGCCUCGGUCGGCAGCUUCAACCAUCAUUUCCCCUCGAUCGACUCGUUCAAGCAUUCCAUUGGCUUUGCGAAUGCGCUCUCACAGGCUAUCAUUCGGGAGGAGACUGCUGGUGGGGACAGUGAAAGCUUCUCAAUGCUCGAUGGUCUUCUCGAGGAUGAUGCUCUUGCACUACAGGGAGCACCAUGGGCGAAGGAAGGCAUGGUCAAGCACAAACAUCACAUGGAAACGACAGAUCGCAAAGCGAAAGAUAGAAAUUGGACGGAGUGUUUUGCUGUCAUUAGCAAGGGCAAGCUGACACUCUUCGAUUUCAACAAAACCUCGAAGAACCAGUCGAUGGGUCGCAAAGGUCCAUUCAACAAACCAGGCAAAGCUGCUAGUGUCACUGCCAAACAGGUUGGUGGUGGUGACUGGAUGGAGAACGCAGAGCAGCUGGAUACCUUUAUCCUGCGACAGACGAUCGCCUCGACACUGCCCACACCCGGCUAUAGUAAGGCCAGGCCGCAUGUGUGGGCGUUGAGUCUACCGUCUGGUGCCGUGCACCUGUUCCAUGUUGGUACUCCGGAAAUCGCAGUAGAGUUCAUGACUACCGCGAAUUACUGGUCUGCCAGAUUGAGCAAAGAGCCACUGGCUGGUGGUGUCUCCAACAUCGAGUACGGCUGGUCUGACCAGAUCAUUAACCCAGCACUACUGGAUCGAACCGAGAGCUUCCAACAUCCGCCUUCUUCUAUGCAGAGUCGACCAAUGGGACACGCUCACAGCAUGUCCACUGAUCGAGGUCAACGGUCGAGUCUGCACUCAUCAAUUCGAGGGAGCUUCGACGCUGGCUUCGGGGGUAGUGUGAGAUCGAAAUUGCCAGGCGAUAAGACCACGAUCCACGAAUGGCAGCCUCCAAGCCAGUCUAUGAUGGCGAGCCAGCUGAUGGAGGUUGACCAGCUCAAGCAAUUGACAGCUUACGUUCAAACUCAGGAGGAUGAGCUGGAGAGGCACAACGAGCUGAAACAUGCGAUUGAACUUGCUUACUCGCCCCGCCACCCCAACUUCAAUAAAUCCAUGGCAAACUGGCAACGCAAGUCCGACUACCUCCUCCGCGAGAUUGUCAAAUUCCGCACCUACAUCGACAGUCUCACAGCGGCUCAGAAGGCCAAGGAGACAUACUACGCCAAAAAGGCCGAAGGGCGCCUCAGCCCGGUCGCUAAGCGCGACGAUGACGAUGUACACGAGCUUCCGGCGAUUGGCUUUGAACUGGCACAACUUCUCUCUCUUUUACGCAAACCCACGAAGGGAGAAAGAACAGAGAAAACAAACAUGAUCCUAGCCGCUUACCGCAACCCUCCAUAUCGGUCGCCGACGCCGAGGGCAAACAACAGCAAUAAUAACAACAAUCCACCAAAGGCCUCUUCGCUGAGCCCUCCGCCCCAAAAGCAAUCUCUGGAUCAGAGGAGCUUAUCUCCAAAACGCAAACGGGAAGAACCCUCGUCUUCAUCAUCGUCAUCUGCACCUGCGAUGUUGAGUCUCGCCACCGCGACGGCGACGGCUAUCAGCUAUGAGGAUCCUGUUGAGAGUGGAGCGAAUAGCCCGAGGACGAAGGUUGCGGAGAAGUUGAGGGGGUUGGAGGUCAGUGGAGGGAGUCCAAGGAAGAAAGUGAAGGUGGCGGAUCAUGGUGGGGUUGAGGCGACGCCGUCGGUGGAGGGGAGGGAGGUGGAGGCGUUGGAGUUGGAGAUUCCGGAUAGUGAAGGGCGGAGUCUGCUCGGGAGGGAGGAAAUGGAGAUGGAGAUAGGCUCGCCGACACCCACGCCCGCGCCACUACCGCCUCACACGCGAAGGACAUUAAGCAAACCGACGAGCAGCCCACCCCAAAAACGCCGCCUCUCCUCCCCACCAGCCCCCUCCCUAGAAACUAUGGCCCUGGACCCAACACCCCUCACCCACGACUCAACGACCUCCACCUCCCUAACCUGGUCCUGGUCCGAGAUCACCGGCCACGACAUCGACGCCUCAAACCCCGACGACGACGGCGAGGGGAUCAACGGGAUUGGGUUUAAGCCCACGCCCGCGAUGGCGGCCGCGAGGAGUCUCAAGCGAAAGAAGCAGGUGGAGGAGUGGAAGAGUCGGGAGGCGAGGGAGGCGAGGCAGAGAAGGAUUGAGUCGAGGCGGAGGAGGGAGAUGAGUGGUGGUGGUGGGUUUGGGGAGGAGCAAGGGGGCAAGAGGGUUGUGAGGUUUCUUGAUGCGUGA